AUCUGUUUGCUUUUAGAGAAACGCAACUUGUGAAAGGGGAGGACAGAGAUUCACUAGCAGAGAGCACAGGGAAGAACCAAGGAACAUCUGUCCAUUUUCUACUAAGGAUGGAAGUCAUUGUGACUUUGCUGCUGCUCUGUCCAUUUGUAUUUUUCACCACCGUAACAGCAGACAAUGUGUGUAAUAGGCCUGAGCUGGGUCCUAACAUUGAAGUGGAUGGGCUCCAGAGGUACUUUAGCCCUGGUAUGGAGUUAGUGCUGUCCUGUGCACUGGGACACACUCCAGUGUUGGGCCCUCGACAGAUUGUUUGCGGUGCCAGCGGACAAUGGACAAAAACCAAACUCAUAUGCAUGCCAAAGCGGUGUCCCUACCCUGAUCCACUGGCGAAUGGAGAAAUGUACUAUGAGGAUACUGUGUAUACGAAUACCAUCAACUAUACUUGUAAUGACGGGUACAUCUUGUUUGGACCCAGCACUGCUGUAUGCCAAGCUGAUGGAACAUGGAGCACAGCGGUCCCAGAGUGCAAGCCUGUGCUCUGUGGUCUUGCUCCAAUUCCAAAGUUUGGGAUGAUAAUUUAUGACAAUAAGAUCAGAGGGAACACCACUGAUUAUGGCGUCACUGGGACGUACAGGUGCCUGCCUCCAUACGUACUCAUUGGCAACCCAAGAGCAGAGUGCACUGCCAGUGGCACCUGGACUGAGACACCUGAAUGUCGAGUGGUGAGCUGCCCUCCACCUGGGAAUAUUGAGAGAGGCUACAUGUCAAUUGAUGAAGAGAGAGACUAUGACUUCACGGAAACUGUGAAAUAUGGCUGCAAUGGAGACUAUGUACUGGAAGGAAGCCUCCAGAUUGUCUGUCAACGUGACGGACGUUGGUCUGAAAAGCCAUCCUGCAAAGCUCCUUGCAGUGUUGGCAUACAAAGAGGAAGGAUAAUAUACAAAGGACGAAAACUCUGGAUCAAAGACCUGCGUCCUAACAGAAUCCUACAUAAAGACACUGUCUCAGUCUACUGCAUGGACAAGGCCAGGAAGUGUGGUUUCACAGUGCCAACCCAGUGCUUUGAUGGAACACUCCAAAUCCCAGAAUGCUUUGAGGAGCCCGGCUCAGUUGAGUACAACCUUCGUUCAGGCUCACUUCCAUCAGAAAUCAAACAGUGCUAAAACAGCUGCAUUUCCCUUCUCUGAUGAUUAUUAAACCACUGCAAUAUGAAAUGGAUGCUGAUGGAGUUGUGUUCUGGUCUUUAAAAUUAAAGGAAAUGGUCUAACUCAA